AUGGCUCUUGUAGGUUCUGGUUUCAUGCCGAAGACCACGCUAUAUUUACCUUUGCCUAGCUCCAAUUCUUACCAUCAGAAGGCUUUGACCAUAAGAUGUGCAGCACGAAAAGGGAGAGGGUUGAGCAAAGGAGACGGGCCAAAAAUCAAUAGUGUUCUUAGAAUUACAAGGAGCAUUGAAGUUAGUGUUAGAGAUCAGGAAAACAUUGCUCCUUUUGGCUUCAAGACUGUUGAAGAAAAUGAGGACAGCAAAAAGGAUGAUACUUCAGCUCUAGAGACAGAGGCCACUGAUAAUUAA